AGGGGAGGGAGAGAGGCAUAAACCCCAAAAAGCAAAAGUGUUUCAUGGUACAGUCUCUCACCACCUACUGAUGGAUGCCCAGUACAUCCCUGACCCGUGAUCAACAGAUCCUGGCCACCUCCCCUCUGUUUAUAGACUGAGCAUGAUGUUCCAUAGUGUGGAAUAUCUCUUCAGCCUGUUGGGGUCAGCUGUUCCCGGCCAUGCUCCCUUCCAGUUUCUUGUCCAUCUCCUCACUGGCAGAGCAUGGGAAAUUGAAAAGUUCUUGAUUUAGAGUAAGCUUUACUUAGCAACAACUAAAACGUCUGUGUUAUUAAGAGUAUUCUCAAUCCAAAACACAGCUCUGUGCCAGCUCCUAAGAAGAAAUUUAACUCUAUCCCAGGCAAAACCAGUGUUUCUCUGUGAAGACCUCUGUGCUUUAAUUUGGGAAGAUAUUAAAACAUUCCAAGAAAUCUCAGACCAUUUCAAGGGAGUGGUGUGUGCUUGUUGAAGAUGGUGGUAUUUACAGAGAAUCUUCAUGGAUUCUAAUGCUGGCAUCAGUGCAAGAAGAGUGUCGGGAAUGGGUUGGCUCUGGAUGGUCUUCUUCUUUCAUCUAGUCACCUCAUUAGAAGAAGACUGCACGCAAUUGGCUGAAAUCAAGAGUUUUUGUCUCACCUCUGAGAAACUUGCCUCACAUAACAGAUAUGGAGAGAAUGCUUUGCAUUAACAAGAAGAGGCAGUUCAUAUUCAGCCAGCAGAGAGAGGAGGGAGAAAGCACUGGAGGCAGGGUAGGGAAAAGAAAUACUUCUGGAUACAACUCAGGAGACAUCAGAGAUUGGCUGGACUGCACACCCGUCUGAUGGGUGGGAUGAGGUAAGCGUCCUGGAUGACAAGAAGCGCCUGAUCCGAACCUUUCAAGUGUGCAACGUGGCUGAACCAGGUCAGAACAACUGGCUGCGCACUCACUUCAUAGAGCGGCGUGGGGCUCACCGCAUCCACGUCCGCCUCCGUUUCUCCGUGAGGGACUGCGCCAGCAUGCGCACUGUGGCCUCUUCCUGCAAGGAGACUUUCACACUCUACUACCACCAGUCAGAGGCUGACAUAGCCUCUCAGGACAUGCCAGAGUGGCAUGAGGGCCCGUGGACCAAAGUGGAUACUAUUGCAGCUGAUGAAAGCUUUUCCCAGGUGGACAGCACUGGGAAGGUGGUCAAGAUGAAUGUUAAAGUACGUAGCUUUGGGCCACUCACCAAGCAUGGCUUCUACCUGGCCUUCCAGGAUUCGGGAGCCUGCAUGUCCUUGGUGGCAGUCCAAGUCUUUUUCUACAAGUGCCCAGCUGUGGUGAAAGGAUUUGCCUCCUUUCCUGAAACAUUUGCUGGCGGGGAGAGGACCUCACUGGUGGAGUCCCCGGGGAUGUGUGUACCCAACGCUGAAGAGAUGAGCACAACGGGGUCCUCGAGCGUUCGGCUGCACUGCAAUGGAGAAGGGGAGUGGAUGGUGGCCAUUGGACGGUGUACCUGCAAGGCUGGCUACCAGCCUGUGGAUGAUGACCGAGCCUGCCAAGCCUGUGCCCCUGGUUUCUUUAAAGUAUCUGUGGGAGAUGACCCCUGCCAUCUGUGCCCUGCCCACAGCCACGCUCCACUGCCGGGAUCCCGGGAAUGUGUGUGUCAGAACCGGUACUAUCGAUCUGCUUCAGACAAUUCUGAUGCUCCCUGUACUGGCAUCCCUUCUGCUCCUCGUGACCUCAGCUACGAAAUCAUUGGCUCCAACGUGCUGCUGACCUGGCGCCUCCCGAAGGACCUGGGCGGCCGCAAGGACGUUUUCUUCAACGUGAUCUGCAAGGUGUGCCCGGCGGGGUCGGUGGGGCCGUGCGUGCGCUGUGGGGACAGCGUGCAGUUCGAGCCGCGCCAGGUGGGGCUGACCGAGAGCCGCGUGCAGGUCUCCAACCUCCUGGCCCGUGUGCACUACACCUUCGAGAUCCAGGCCGUCAACUUGGUCACUGAGCUGAGUUCAGAAGCACCCCACUUUGCCACCAUCAAUGUUAGCACCAGCCAGUCAGUCCCCUCUGCUGUGCCUAUGAUGCAUCAGGUGAGUCGUACUACCAACAGCAUCACGCUGUCGUGGCCUCAGCCAGACCAGCCCAAUGGGGUCAUCCUGGAUUACCAUCUACGCUACUUUGACAAGGCAGAAGAUGAGGAUAAUUCAUUGACCUUAACUAGUGAGACCAACAUGGCCACAAUAUCAAGUCUGAGCCCAGGCAAGAUCUAUGCCUUCCAAGUGCGUGCUAGGACAGCAGUUGGCUACGGCCCUUACAGUGGGAAGAUGUAUUUCCAGACUUUAACAGGAGGGGAGCGCUCGGAGAUGGUGCAGGACCGGCUGCUGCUGAUUGUGGGCUCAGCGCUCGGGGGUCUGGCCUUCUUGGUAAUUGCUGCCAUUGCCAUCCUUGCCAUCAUCUUCAAGAGUAAAAGGCGAGAGACCCCAUACACAGACCGCCUGCAGCAGUAUAUCGGUGCACGAGGACUCGGAGUGAAGUAUUACAUUGAUCCUUCAACCUAUGAAGAUCCCAAUGAAGCCAUUCGAGAAUUUGCCAAGGAGAUUGAUGUGUCCCUCAUCAAGAUUGAGGAGGUCAUUGGAUCAGGAGAGUUCGGAGAGGUGUGCUUUGGGCGCCUGAAACACCCAGGGAAGCGUGAAUACAUGGUAGCUAUUAAGACCUUGAAGUCAGGUUACACAGAGGAGCAGCGGCGGGAGUUCCUGAGUGAGGCCAGCAUCAUGGGGCAAUUUGAGCAUCCCAAUGUCAUCCACCUGGAGGGGGUGGUCACCAAGAGCCGACCAGUCAUGAUUGUCACAGAGUUCAUGGAGAAUGGAUCGCUGGAUUCCUUCCUCAGGCAAAAGGAAGGGCAGUUCAGUGUGCUGCAGCUGGUGGGAAUGCUGCGGGGGAUUGCAGCCGGCAUGCGCUACCUGUCAGACAUGAACUACGUGCACCGUGACCUGGCAGCACGAAACAUCUUGGUCAACAGUAACCUGGUGUGCAAGGUGUCAGACUUCGGGUUGUCCCGCUUCCUGGAGGAUGAUGCUUCCAAUCCCACCUACACUGGGGGUCUGGGCUGCAAAAUCCCCAUCCGCUGGACUGCCCCUGAAGCCAUCCAGUACCGCAAGUUCACCUCCUCCAGUGAUGUCUGGAGCUAUGGCAUUGUCAUGUGGGAGGUGAUGUCCUACGGUGAGAGGCCUUACUGGGACAUGUCCAAUCAGGAUGUGAUUAAUGCCAUUGACCAGGACUAUCGCCUGCCACCACCCCCAGACUGCCCAACUGUUUUGCACCUGCUGAUGCUUGACUGCUGGCAGAAGGAGAGGGUCCAGAGACCCAAAUUUGAGCAAAUAGUCAGUGCCCUGGAUAAAAUGAUUCGCAAGCCAUCAGCCCUUAAAGCCAUUGGCACUGGGACCAGCAGACCAUCUCAGCCUCUCCUGAGCAACUGUCCUCCAGAUUUCCCUUCCCUUAGCAAUGCCCAUGAGUGGUUGGAUGCUAUCAAGAUGGGUCGCUACAAGGAGAAUUUUGACCAGGCUGGUCUGGCUACUUUUGAUGUCAUAUCACGCAUGACUCUCGAAGAUAUCCAGCGUAUUGGAAUCACCCUUAUUGGUCACCAGAAGAAGAUUCUAAACAGCAUCCAGCUCAUGCGAGUCCAUUUGAAUCAACUUGAACCAGUUGAAGUGUGAUGUUUACAUCAUCCUCAUUCCACUAGUCUCAAACUCUGGAAAAGUUCUGGGGGAAAUCAGAGGGAUUUUCAGUGUAAGAAAAAGAUGUCAGUAUGCUGCUUGAAGACUUAAUGCACCCAGAGAGUGCACACUACGUGUCCUGUUCCAUGAACAAAAACCAGCCUUGCUGUGAUUUGAAAGCAGAACUAAAUGACUGGUGACAAUUACAUAUGGCUGAUUUCAUACAUUGGGAAUGGGUUUGGGGAGGGAAGGUUGUAAUAACACGGGGUGGAGAUGGAAUAAUGGCUUGGACAGAUCACAAGCACCUGUUGCCUAUUGUCUGCCAACAAAAGGUAUCUGACAACUUUACAAAGUCAUCAGCAGGCUUUAUUUAUGGCUGAGAGCCCAGCAAAGCUGCAGAGACAUAAUAAAGGCAACAAAAAAUUAGCGCUUUUUUUCAGAAGAAUGCCAUUGUGGUGUGAAAGAUUAUUCUUCAGAUGGAGAUGAGCAUCAGGCUAUCACUUGGUGUGCCAGCUCAGUUCGGAACUGAAGUUCCAACUAGUGCACAGCAUGUGGUAAGCAAAAACAGAUGUCAUCUGGUACACAGGUUCAGAGUAAAGAAUUCAAAUUCA